UGAUAAGCAUACAAAACGCAAACUACGGUCGGAGAGUACCCAGUACAGACAUGUGCCCGCUGCCGUGGACGUCGUUAGGGACGCGGAGCGAAAGCCUUCGUAGUGAAAAUAUUAAUUGUAGAGCAGCUGAUUCAUUACAAAUUAUUACAGAUAGGUGUGAAGACACGCCAGAAUGUAGGAUAGAAGUAAAAACAAGUUUAUUCAGCGUGGACCCUUGUCCAACGACACAUAAAUACCUUGAUGUUUCAUAUAAAUGUAGACCACAUCAAUUCACAAAGGUGGAGACGUGUGAAGAUAAGCACAUGAAUGUAUAUUGUGAUGAAGAAAACCAAGUAGUUGCCAUCUAUAAUGCACAUUUUGGAAGAUUAUUACCAGGCAGUAUGGAGUGCCCUUCAUAUUCAAUGCAUGAAUUAGAAUGCCAAACAGAUGAUGCCUUAGCACAGAUGAUGCAGCGUUGCCAUGGGAGACGGCACUGUGCUGUCAAGGCUGGUAGCAAGAUCUUUGGAGAUCCAUGUCCAGAGGACACACAUAAAUACCUCAUUGUGCUUUAUUCAUGUGGUAAGUCUCUGGUGAUGAUGAUGAUGAUGAUGACAGUGAUGGUAAUGGCAAUGAUGUUGAUGACGGUGACAUUGAUGAUGAGGAUGACCAUGACAAAAAUUAUGACAAUGGUAGUAGUAAAGAUGGCAAUGAUGAAAAUGAUGGAGAUAACGAAUGACACUGAUGACGAUAACAAUGAUGAUGGCAAUGUUAGGAGUCUCGAUACUGAUGAUGAGUCUGAGGAUUCUGAAGAUGGUUUUUGCUGGUGAUAAUGAUACAUGCACCGUUUGUUUGUAUGUAAUAAUAUUGAUGAAUGGCAGUGAUGAUGAU